AUGAGAUUUACAUAGCGCCGUCCGGAGUACAAAAAGAGCGCAUGCAGGCAGAUGAUUUGUUCAUACAGGAUGAUGACGGAAAGGAUAUACAGCUACCCCCAGAUUACAAAAAACUAACGAAAAGUCAAUGUACACCACUAUUUAUGUUGGCUUAUCGGCAUCGCGGUGCGCAGGCCGUAAUACACACGCAUUCAAUGCAAGCAGUAAUGGCAACUUUGUUGUGGCCUGGCGAGGUUUUCCGUUGUACACAUUUGGAGAUGAUUAAAGGUAUUUACGACGAGAACUUAAAGCGUUACUUACGUUAUGAUGAGGAGUUGGUGGUGCCCAUUAUAGAAAAUACGCCAUUUGAACGAGAUCUAGCGGAUAGCAUGUAUGCAGCUAUGCUUAAGUAUCCUGGUUGCAGUGCUGUGCUGGUUCGACGACAUGGUGUAUAUGUGUGGGGUAAAAGUUGGGAGAAGGCUAAAACUAUGUGUGAAUGCUACGACUACCUCUUUUCUAUUUGUGUGGAUAUGAAAAAGAACGGCUUGAAUCCAGAGAAAUUCGAAUGAAAAAAUCGGGAUUAAAGAAACAAGAAUUUACUGUAAUUCACUUCAGCCGAAAAGUUGUUAUCUGCUUUAGUUGAAUAUUUUGUAUUUGUAGAGAAAAGUUUAAAUAUAUUUUUAAAUAUACAGCUACACUUUGAUACAACCAAA